ACGGAGAGGAGAGAAAGAGAGUUCACAAGUACUGCAAUCCACUACUGUUUGUUUGGCUCUGUGCAUGAUCCCACCACUGUUCGCUCCGUGUACCAUCUGUGGAUCUGCGAGGACUUGUGACUUCUGGUUCCCUGUAGCCGAACCAAUCAGCGUCGUCUUGGGGGGCGGGGCCCAUCCGUUCCCUAGGUUACCUGUGUGAUUGACGUCCAGCCUCCUGCAGCGGAGCGCGCGGCAGUGUAUCACUGAUGCUCCUGCUUCUUCCCACCUUCCCUCCAUCCUCCCCAGGAGACUGUGUGGAAAAAUCUGGGAAAGAGGAGAGAUACGGAGAGAAAACACAGGAAGGAAAAAAAAGAGGAACGCUGAUUAUUUAAAGUCCUUCUCUCUCAUCUUUUUACUGGGGGGAUGAAAGCUGGAGCGUGUGAAGAAGCCGGCUGACGGGGAGAGGAAAGGAAGGAUUCCUGAAGAAGAGGGAUUUGUGAGGAAACCUUUAUGAAGACAUCACAAAAACAUUCAAGAAGAAGACCGCUUAUGGCUGCUUAACCAAUCAACAACCUGAAACAAACAUGAUCGGCACAGUGCGGUACCCAUAAGGCCUUGCAGGGGCCCAGUGGGUGGAGUUUCAGGGUGGCAGAGAUGAAACUGAACAACGACAGGCCAUCACCUGGGGAUAUAAGCUCCUCGCACCAGUGAUCUUCGGGGUACCUGACAGCUGGACCAACACAUAACACGCCCGGCAUCUUAACCCUCAUUGGCCCGCAGUACAGUGCAGUGUCUGGAAAUGACCACUAAGCGGAAGCUGAUUGGCCGGCUGGUGCCGUGCCGUUGUUUCCGCGGGGAAGAGGAAGUGAUCUCAGUGUUGGACUACUCCCACUGCAGCCUGCAGCAGGUCCCAAAGGAGAUCUUCAGCUUCGAGAGAACUCUGGAGGAGCUUUACUUAGACGCCAACCAGAUUGAGGAGCUACCCAAGCAACUCUUCAACUGCCAGGCCUUGAAGAAGCUGAGCAUGCCCGAUAACGACCUGUCCAACCUGCCCACCACCAUCGCCAGCUUGGUCAACCUCAAAGAGCUGGACAUCAGUAAAAACGGUAUCCAGGAGUUUCCAGACAAUAUAAAGUGCUGUAAAGGCUUGUCUGUGGUGGAGGCCAGUGUCAACCCAAUCACAAAACUCCCAGAUGGUUUCACGCAGCUCCUGAAUCUGACCCAGCUCUUCUUAAACGAUGCCUUCCUCGAGUAUCUGCCGGCUAACUUUGGCAGACUCUCUAAACUACGGAUCCUGGAGCUGAGAGAGAACCACCUGAAAACCAUGCCAAAGUCCAUCCACAGACUGACACAGUUGGAGAGGUUGGAUCUGGGUAGCAAUGAAUUCUCUGACAUGCCGGAGGUUUUGGAGCAGAUCCACAACCUGAGAGAACUGUGGCUGGAUAACAACUCUCUACAGUGUAUACCGGGGGCAAUAGGAAAACUUCGUCAGUUGCGGUACUUGGACUUAGCUAAGAACCGUAUUGAGACGUUGGACACGGAUAUUUCAGGCUGCGAGUCCUUAGAAGACCUGCUGCUGUCCUCCAACAUGCUGCAGCACCUCCCCGACACUAUAGGAAUGUUGAAGAAGCUGACAACAUUGAAGGUAGAUGACAACCAGCUGACCUCACUGCCUAACACCAUCGGGAGUGCGAAGCCCAAGCACGGUCUGUCUCUGAUGGAGGAGUUGGACGUUAGUUGUAAUGAGUUGGAGUCGUUGCCGCCCACUAUCGGCUACCUGCACAAUUUGAGGACCUUCGCUGCUGACGAGAACUUCCUCUCAGAGCUGCCCCGGGAGAUCGGUAACUGUAAGAAUGUGACGGUGAUGUCGCUGCGUUCCAACAAACUGGAGUUUCUUCCUGACGAAAUCGGACAGAUGACCAAACUACGAGUCCUUAACCUUAGUGACAACAGGUUAAAGAAUUUACCAUUUACCUUCACGAAGCUGAAGGACCUGGCAGCUCUCUGGCUCUCUGACAAUCAGUCCAAGGCUCUGAUCCCCCUGCAGACAGAAGCCCACCCUGAAACCAAACAGAAGGUUUUGACCAACUACAUGUUUCCUCAACAACCACGACAUGAUGAGGACUACCAGUCAGACAGUGACAGCUUUAAUCCUACUCUUUGGGAGGAGCAGAGACAGCAGAGGAUGACUGUGGCCUUUGACUUUGAGGAUAAGAAAGAAGAAGAAGACAACUCUGGGAAGGUCAAGGUGGAGAUAAACCUAAAGCGCUACCCAACACCUUACCCUGAGGACCUAAAGAACAUGGUCAAGUCAGUGCAAAGCCUUGUGGGUAAAAGCGUACACGCCGGACACCCACACCAACACCAGCACCAGCACCAACACCAACACCAACACCAACACCAGCACCAGCACCAGCUGAGCACAGGCACUGCCACCUCGGCAGGAACCAACAUGGAACACACACACCUCAGCAAAGAACCAUACGAACCGCCAUGGCCCCUGCCUCCUAAAGAGGUGACAGACAGAGAGAUGCAGGACUUCUCUCAGUCUCAGCUAAUGGAUCAGGGAUCGAUGCAUAACUCUGGCAUCGACAUUCCCAAGAGGAAGGACAAAGAAGACUUGACGGAGAGCUCGGAGGACUCUAUGGGCGGCUCUCCCAAUGACAUCCGUAUCUCUGACAUGAGGCCCACCCUGGUGGAGCCACCGAUGUACAAACCAAAGGUGGUGCUGCUGGGGAAGGACAAGAAAGAGUCCACAGAUGAGGAGGUGGAUAAGCUCCACUGUCUGAACCACAGCGGCUCCUCGGCCACCUACUCCGACUACUCUCCCUCACAGGGCUCCUCCGGCUCUUCCAACCCACCUGCCAACGCACACUCACACACUCUCUCUCACACACACCAACACCAACACCAACACCAACACCAACACCAACACACACCCGCCCUGACAGCCCCGAACAAGGACCAGGCUCCUCAAACACACUGGACCAACAGACUGGCUCAGUCGUUCCCAAAGCCCAUUGACUCCAAGCCCCUGCUGUCUCAGAGGGAAACCCCUCCAUCAGGAACCCUGCAGCAGCGAGGGGAUCGACGCCCGCUGAGCGAGCCUUUUGAUUGGGCAGAAGCCCCUCACUAUGACAACACAGGUUUUGAUGCUGAGGAGUCUCCUCUGGAUGGUCCAUCCUCCAAUACGAGUCAGGGAAACCCUCCGCUGGGCUCCAAACCCCGCAGCCAGUCCACACACGGGCGCCGCCCCCUCCUCAGGCAAGAGCGAAUCGUAGGGGUCCCUCUGGAGCUGGACACCCAGACGCUCCCCUUCCACAGCAACCAACGCUCGACUCCUGACAAUGACCAACAAUCUGGACCUUCAUCCCAGAAUCCUUGGCAGAACUGGACCAGAACCCCAAGCCCCCUGGAAGACCGGACCGCUUUCCCUUCCAAACUGGAUCUGACGCCCUCCUCCAGCCCCAACCCUGACCGCAAGGACGGAGACCCCAGACUUGAACAUGGUGGAGGGCCGUUGCCUGGCAGCUGGUCGUACCACAACAACCAGGGAGACCAGAACAGAAAGGAUCAGCUAACUGUCAGCGGGGGAAACAAGGUGACCGUGGUGAUGAGUAAAAGCUCAGACCGCCUGUCUCCCAUGAUGAGGGAGACGAGAUCCAAGUUUAAGAAGUCACAGAGCAUCGAUGAGAUCGACAUUGGCUCCUACAAGGUCUACAGUAUUCCCGUGGACAGCUACAGUUCAUCCAUUGAGCAGCAGACAAGUCUGGACCGUCCCGAGUAUUCUGGUUCUAUGGAGCAGACCAACAUGUCACGUUCACAGUCCGCCCCCAUGUUAGACGAUGAGCUGGGAUUCCCUGGACACGGAGCCAGCAACCAGAUGGGACAGAACCAAAAACCUUCCAUCCCACAUAAGGCUUAUCAUUUUGACCACAACUACAACCCCCAGGUGACCAUGGAUCGACGGGUCCCUCCACCCUUCCCAAACACACCUGAUUACGUCAACCACGCUACGAAGGCCAUAGAGUACAUCAACCAACCAGGGAAGACGUUACCCAAGGAGCUGGUGAGCCCUCGGUAUCGUGCAUAUCCUCCGCUGGAGAUGUUUUCUUUCCCCCAGUCACCAAUCAAUCAGGACGGACCUCCCAGCCAGCAGCAGCAGCAGCCAAUCCCAGCGCAGCGCUCCAGACCAGGGUUUCUGAGGAGAGCAGAUUCAUUAGUGAGCUCUACAGAGCUGGCUUUGUUCCGCAGAGUCCAUGAAGCCCAGCAGGAGGCGCUGCAGGAGGCUCAGUACAGACAGCAGGCCGACCCCCCUCUUUACAGCCGGGCUCUUGUUUACUCCAGCCCCAUGGAGCACGCUGCAAUCACCAACAUGUCUGACAACCAGAGCCAGAUGCUGCACAAUAAGAGGAAUGGUCGCUACGACGAUGACUAUCCCACUUACCAGGAACAGAAGAAGCCCAUGAUUGGUUAUCCAACUAAGAGUCUGACUCAGCGCCGCCCCCUGUCUGCCAGGAGUUACAGCACGGAGACCUACGGAGCAUCUCAGGCCCGGCCAGUGUCCGCUCGUCCCACCAUGGCUGCCCUGCUGGAGAAGAUGCCCCCUGACUACACCCUGGCAACCUGCCCUGAGAAAUCCUCAGAUGACACCAUCAAAGUAAGACCCGUGGUACCACAGAAACCUGAAGACAUCACCUCAAGGAUGCCCGCCGACUGGAGGCAACAGCUACUGAGGCACAUAGAGGCCAAACGACUGGACCGGAGUGGUGUCCUAAAGCACAACACGCUCACGCUGGGCAUGCUCUGUCAGGGCGGGGGGCACGGCCAGGGGCGCAGCAGCACUUUGAACUUUAAUCUUUACAAUAACACUAAGCAUGAUCCCCCUGCUGGCCGCUGGCUGCCACUACCUCCUCCUCCGUCUGCUAACGCUACCCCCUCUCAGCAGGCUGCUAUGCUGGACAACGACCAGGAGGGGGUGUCAGGGAGCAACCAGUGGGCUCCUUACUCACUCGGCAGGAGGGACGUCCCACCUGACAACCUCAUGAAGAAGAGUGCCCACUCCCACAACCAGUCCCACCAAUCACACAACACACACAUGAUCGUCACCUCCUCUUCCUCUUCUUCGUCCACUACACCUCACCGAGUGGUCGGGCAGCAGGUCUACGAUGGGAUGAUGAACAAAGGGGGCCAAUACCAACCUGGGAUGCCCCUGUCAGUGGUGCCUUCUGGGGGGCAGUACCAAGGCAACAUGAGUCAAGGACAUCCUGCUCCUGGACAGGCUUACCAAGGAUCCGGCUUGCCCAUGGCCCUCUCCCCAUCAGGGAACCAACCCCAGUACAACCCCCACUCCUCUCACUCCUCCCAUCAACCCUCCCUCCCCGCCACCAACCCCCAGUACCACAAUCAGGGCAUGGUCCACAGCAACCAGGUCGUCAUGACGCACACUAACCCGCGGCCUCAGAGCGCCCGCUGCCUGCUGCAGACUAAAGGCCAGAAGAGCACGGAUGGUUUCCAGGAGCAGUUGUGUGUGAGAAUAGAGAAGAACCCUGGUCUUGGUUUCAGUAUCUCUGGUGGCAUCAGUGGCCAGGGGAACCCCUUCAAACCUUCCGACAUGGGUAUCUUUGUUACUAGGGUACAGCAUGACGGGCCCGCCGCAUCCGCCCUGCAGCCUGGAGACAAGAUACUGCAGGCUAACGGACAUAGUUUUUUACACAUGGAGCACGAGACAGCCGUCUCUCUGCUGAAGAGUUUCCAGCGGAUGGUGGACUUGGUGGUUCUGAGGGACAGCAGCGCGCGCUAGAAAUAGUUUUAUAACAAACAAAACAAACAAAACACAACAACGCUUCUCUACUCUGCUCAUCGCCAUCCCACGCCACCCCCACCUGCCCUCCGCUGGAGGCUUGUGGAACUGAAAAAAUGAGCCGCCUUUUUUUUACCUUUUUAGGGAAACACACAGACGUUUAUUUGCCUAUUGCUGGACCAAAGGCAAAUACUAGUGCCAAAUGUACCAUAGGAAACAUAUCGGCUCCUCUGUCCACCAGCGGUCAGGGACCUGAUCGACAAGUAGGCGGACCACAAGAGGACUUUGAGUUCCAACAGGGCUGCUGCAGUUAGGAUUGUGUGGCUGGUUUCUUAAUUAGGCAGUCAUCUGAUCAGUCUGAAUACUUUUGGUUUUGUUACAGUUCUCUUGUGUUUUUACUUUCCUCUUCUGACUUUUAUUUUACGGUCCAGGGUAAAUUUAAAUUAUUAUUUUUUUGUCAUUGGUGUAGCACAUGAUUCAGAUACACGUUCUUCCUUGUUCUUCUUUGCUUCGUCCAGUGCUCUUUUGUUCUCUUUCUGUUUUUCUCCCCUCUUUGUCUUUUUCUUUCUUUUGCAGUCCUAUCCUCUGUUCUGCCGUUGUUAUUGCCUCCAGUGUACAGAAAUUGAAAACUUAAGACGUUCUGCCUUGUGUACAUAUACAGAGCUGCAGUUUUCUCGAGCUGCAUUCUCCCCUGGAGGCCUGGACACACACUUUAUGACUCAUAUAAAUACUGUUGAUAAAACCACAGUCUGACUUCUCUCUUAUGAACAUACAGGGAUUAUUUCUCAAAAUGGACAAUUUUAUAAAGUAUAUCACCACUUUUUUUUUUCCUGUAAAGAAAAAAAACCCACUGUUCAUAGUUCACAACAGCUCCUUGUUUUAUUUGUUUUGAAAAGAAGAAACUGUUGCUUGCACAUUUGUGCUGAAAAGAGCUAAAGCAAUAUUUCUGAAGCUCGGCCUAUUGAUGUUUUUCAGUAGAGCCGAACUUUUCCUGCAGUGCCAUCUAUUGAGAAAGUCAUGCUAAUGUUUACACACACUGCCAUGCACAUCAAUACAUAUUUAAAGAACACCUAUGAGCCCCCCAUACACAACACACAUGUGGUGGUGAGCAUAAUGAAGUACUGACUAUAAUCUAGCCUGGUUCUCAAAUUUAACCUGAGUCACUCUCACCCACACUGUAACAUUAUUUGUAAUAUCUGUGCCAUAUUUGAGGUCCUGUUUUGUAUUUUUCUUACUCCCCUUUUAGCUGUUUUACUUAUAUGAAAAAAUCAGAGCAUGCUUUAAUAUCAUUGGCCACUGUCAGCCAAUCAUUUUUCUGUAUGCUUAUUACGUUUUCCACUCUGCAGAAGACUUCAGAUGUAAUAUACCACCAAGUUUCAGUGAGACUGAUGUUCUGUAUUUGGUGCCAUGCGGUCCAUCUGCCUCCCUCAGAUCAGAGCUGUACCUCUUUGUGGCACAGAUCUGAGCUGCACAUAAUGAGAGCAGCCGCAUGGAGGGGAACAUUUGUGUCCAACAGCAAGAAAAGGGUCACUAAAGAAGGUACAACACAGUGUAACAGUCUUAAUGGGUGAAUCUAUAAGAAUGAGAUUCUCUCUGUUUAGAAAAUCAGGGAAACAUCUGAUCUGUGCCACAAAGAAUUUUGGCAACACUCAAAGUUUCAGUGUCACUUUUCGUCACCUAAGGAGACGCUUACUAACUCUAGGAGUACAUGGUAAUUAAAACUGACCAACGUUUUUGGUGAAUGUUAAAAAUGAUUUGUGAAAAGGCCGUAGCUGUGUUUUGGAUUUUGACAUUUAGAAAAGUGGGGGUAACAAAGAAAUGUAGACUCAGAUGUGGAAACUGUGAUUGUAUGACUUUUUUUUUUUCCCGGAGCAAUAGGAAGCAAAAUCUGACCUUCAUGGCCAUGCUCCUGAAAUUGUAUUGACCCGACGGAGAGACAAAAAAAAAGAUAGAGAGAGAGUGAAGACUUUCAUUUUAUGUCUCAGUGUAAAUGCAACACGUGUCUUAAAGACAUCUCACAAUGGUGAAUUAUGUUCUGUUCUGUACAACAUCUGAUGUUUUCAUCCAGAGCAAAACAACACCCCUGUCUUUUGCUUUUACUUGACAUGACAGUGUCAUCACGUGACCAUUUUGUGUCAGCCCUUCUAAUAAGCGUCAGAAUUUAGUUAUUUAAAAAUAAGGGACACAAAAUGGCACAGCUUGGACUUGUGGUUAAAAGACCACAGGUACCCACCCGACCCCUAUUUAGAGUUUGAAAUAUCAAAGAUAUUGUGACGAGAACAGAGAAAAAGGUUUGAUAAUAUAAUUAUUUUUUAUUACAUGUUUCAGGUAAUUCUUUCUAAAUAUAUUGAUAUACCUUAGCUUUGCUCAAAAAUUGUGAUAUUUUAUAAUAAUGACACUUAUAAUAAAGUUAUGGAUGGAAGUACGCACAGUAUGACUUGGAGACCUACACAUGUUCUAUCCAAAACUGUAUAAAAUGUAUUUCUACUGUAAUUGUGAAUUUGUGUUAUACAAAUAUAUAUUAUAUAUAUGUAUAUGACUAUAAAAACAGUCAUUUUCUAUGUGUUUAAACUACAUAAGAGCUGAACAAAUGCUGAGGGCGGUGUCACUGUACAUAGCUGUGAAUGAAAUCCAAUUUAAAAUGACUCAUAUUGAUUGUGAAUGUACUCAUGCUUUUCUGCAGUACCUACACCUACCCAACUUGAAUGCUGCUUCUUCUGUUGUGUGACAAAAAGUACUUUGACCUCUGAAGAGAGAACCGCUGUCGAGUUUUAAGUUGGACAAAUUUUAGUGACGAUUUAACAGCACUAUUUAUUUCUUUAUUUAUUUGCACAUGCAAGUUGAAAUCCUUCCAGUUUUAAGUUUGAGUAUUAAUGCGGAGAAAUGUAAUUGCAGAAGUAUAUAUAAUAUAUAUCAUGUGUUUAGAAUGCAUUUUGCAGACGCUAUCUGUACAUACUAUUUAAGAUACAGUUUUUACAAAAAAUAAUAUAUGUAUAAAAUUUAAAAAAUGCUGUGCAGCGAUUAUACUGGAGCCAUUUUGGGCUUUGGGACGUACCAUUUUUUCAGUAUAUAAGAGGUGUUUUGAAUAAUGUACUAAAGUCUCUAUUGUACAAAUAAUAAAAAUGUCACUAUUGGUAA